AUGGCACCGUCUGUCCUAAUAUUCGGUCUCUCCUUCGAUGAUUCUCCCGUUCCCGAAGAUGUCAAGGCUAAGCUGCGCGCCAGCAUCGACAAACUGAACAUAAACAUGACCGCAGCCGGCUACAACCACACAACAAUGAUGUCCGGCCCCGAGGGUCUCGAACCCACCCCCGAGUCCACCAUCCCGCUCAUCGUGGACACACUGCAGAAGACGAAGUGGGAGGUGGUGGUUAUAGGAUUUGGGAUCAGAGCGAAGCCGGAGUUGACGCUGUAUUUUGAAGGGUUGGUGAAUGCGAUUAGGGAGUAUGCACCGCAGGCAAAGCUGGGAUUCAGUACGUUGCCCGAAGAGGCGGUUGAUGCGGCGAAAAGGCUGGCGCCGAUAUAA